AUGGCGCAAGUACGUUAUACUCGUAACUUAUUCCUACGUGGAAUAUGUAUUAUAUAUUUGUUCGCGUUUCUUAGCUUCUACAUACAGAUACCUGGAUUGUAUGGCGAUAAUGGAAUCCUACCAGCUCGGGCAGUGGAUAUCAAAGGAUUUUCAACACUAUUUAGCAAAACGAAGACAAAACCAACAUUUUUAUGGCUCGCGCCAUACCUGGGCUUAAACGUUGAAUACAUGUUAGAUGUAUUAUCCAUCCUUGGAGCCGUAUGCUCCUUUGCUGGAUUUGUCUCACAAAGAUUCUGUAUUAUGCCAAUAUUUGCACUGCUAUGGACUCUGUAUUAUUCUUUAUAUCAGAUUGGUCAAGUAUUUAUGUGGUUCCAAUGGGAUAUAUUGCUACUAGAAAUUGGAUUUCUCUGCGUACUCAUUGCCCCCUUUUGGUAUCCCCGUCGAGGGAAACCAAGUACCCCAAGCGAUGCUGUGACAUUCUGGACCGUACGCUGGUUGCUCUUCCGUCUUAUGUUCGCCAGUGGAGUGGUGAAACUUACGUCAGGGUGUCCGGCAUGGUGGAAGUUAGAUGCUCUGAACAUCCACUUUGAAUCGCAAUGCAUACCUACUCCUUUGGCGUGGUACGUGCAUCAUUUGCCAACGUGGUUCCUUCGUUUCACUACCGUCGCCACCAACGUUAUCGAGCUUGCUGUACCGUUCUUGUUCUUCUUCCCAAAUAGAAAAGUGAGAAUAACAGCAUUCUACAUGCAGGUGUUUUUACAAGUUUGCAUCAUCGCCACCGGGAAUUACAAUUUCUUCAAUUUCCUAACGAUCUGUUUAUGCAUAUCCCUGUUGGACGAUCAAUUCUUCUACAAACGGAAAUCCAAAACCGGUGCAUCUCGCACCACGAAUUAUCUCUCAAUACUGAUAUGCAUUUUGGUUUACGGCGGUCUUUUGUACGGAACGUAUGUUUAUUACGAUUUCAAGAUAGCCGACAAGUGGACCAUACGCUCUGAUAUUGCCUUUACUCAGGAACAAUUUGAUUACGUUCUAUCUCGUGCGGUACCAAUUUCCAUUAUUAUCGGUAUUGCCUCCCUUGGAUUAACGGUAGCGGUUUCGAUAGUCAAUUCUGCAUUUUCGACGAAAGGGAUGCGCAACAAGAUAACAACAACGAUGAUAACAACCUUGUAUACCGUGGCUGUAUGCUUCAUGUUUGCUAUAAGUCUUGUACCAUAUUCCACUCUGCACUCGUCGCACAAUUCAACGUUGCCUGUCCAGCUGAGAAAGCUACACGCACAGGUGGAUCAUCUUCCUCUAGUGAAUAGUUACGGACUAUUCCGUCGCAUGACGGGAGUCGGGGGUAGACCGGAAGUCAUCAUAGAGGGAAGUGACAGUAUUGACGGACCUUGGAAGGAAUAUGAGUUUCUGUACAAGCCGGGAAAUGUUAACAACUCAUUACCCUUCGUUGCGCCUCAUCAACCUCGCCUCGAUUGGCAAAUGUGGUUUGCUGCUUUAGGUACAUAUCAUCAGAAUCCAUGGCUAAUGUCGUUAGCCUAUCGUUUGCUGACUGGACAACCCGAAGUACUGGCUCUAAUGAAUACCGUCGAGAGCCCAUUCCGAGACAAACCGCCAAAAUACGUUAAGGCCACUCUCUACUAUUAUCAUUACACGCCAUGGAGCCAAACAUCGAACACUCGCGCUUGGUGGACCAGAGAGACGGUAGGAGAGUACUUCCCGAUAUUCAGUCGCGAUCAUCCACCGCUUAUCGAAUAUCUAACGAAAAUAAAAAUCCUACAAGAGAAACCGGCUGUUAAGGUCACGAAUCAAACGUUCAAAUUGGUCUUGGAUAGUUGCAGAUCUUUGGUCAGCAAGAUAGAGCCGAGUCUCUUCUUGUGGGCCGUUUUUACCGCUGGAUGUACAAUAAUCGUAACAGGUUACAGCAGUUCAGCGGCAAAAAAGAAGUAAAAUACUGAAUAACAUUCAUUAUAACAUCUUGAGAACAACUAUAAAACUACAAGGUACUGAGUGUUAACGAAAUAGAGCAAGUUGUAAAGUAUAUGUGUACCAACAACUGAAAGAAUAACAUAGCGAAUUAGAGAUUAAUUUAGAGCAGGUACUUUAUGCAUAUACGAUAUUGCAUUUCGUCUUUUCACAUCUGACAGUUCGUCGUCGGACAAUACUAAGCAUUACAUAAUACACUGUAUAAUAAUGUAUCGUGUAUAAAAACGUAUCGCACAUAUAAUUUCUACUACAAUAAGAAAAUAGGAUAAUACGAGAGUAAAACACGUAAAUCAAAAUUUACAUAAAAUAUUACACAUCAGAGAAUGAUUAUGUGUUCCAAACAUAUUCCAUUAUGCCUCGUUUACACUAUCAAAUAAUCUAUAUUUUGUUAUUUUGUAAUUAUCAUUACAAAAGAUAUGUAUAUGAGUAAUUAUGAUAAUUAUGAAUUUAAAUGCCAAAUCGUAUUUUUCAUUUCGUAAAUAUUACUGUAGCAUCAUUGCUGUUUUGCUCUAGUUCUGAAAAUGAUGCGUAGCAUGAAGCAUUUAUAAUGAAAUAAAGAAAAAGUACGACCAUCAUAAAUGAGAAAAAAAUUAAAGAAGGAAAAGACAGAGGUACAUACUUUGAUACGUAAAAUAUUUUACAUAAAUAAUUGCGUUUGUCUUUUUUAUAUACUUAGCUUUCUUAUAAUAUCCUAUAUAUAUAACUAAUAAUAUAAAUGCUAUUUAUAGUUCUAUUAAAUACUUGUUCAUAUAUGCGCAUGAUACACGUAUAUAUACACACACAUAACACAUACAUACUUAUAUAAAUGUACUAAACUUCUCUGACCAUUAUCUCUCUAAAAAUCACAGUUAUGUAAUGCAUUAUAUAUGAAUUAUUUUCAGAAGAUUAUAUUUAUAAUUAAUAAAAGAACUAAUU